AUGGAUCAGAAAACCAAAACUAGGCCCACAGGGGGCAGGUCGGGGAGUGUCCGGAGCGCACGGCGCUGUGUCUAUUCUCUGCCCCCCAGGGCCCACAGGGGGCAGGUCGGGGAGUGUCCGGAGCGCACGGCGCUGUGUCUAUUCUCUGCCCCCCAGGGCCCACAGGGGGCAGGUCGGGGAGUGUCCGGAGCGCACGGCGCUGUGUCUAUUCUCUGCCCCCCAGGGCCCACAGGGGGCAGGUCGGGGAGUGUCCGGAGCGCACGGCGCUGUGUCUAUUCUCUGCCCCCCAGGGCCCACAGGGGGCAGGUCGGGGAGUGUCCGGAGCGCACGGCGCUGUGUCUAUUCUCUGCCCCCCAGGGCCCACAGGGGGCAGGUCGGGGAGUGUCCGGAGCGCACGGCGCUGUGUCUAUUCUCUGCCCCCCAGGGCCCACAGGGGGCAGGUCGGGGAGUGUCCGGAGCGCACGGCGCUGUGUCUAUUCUCUGCCCCCCAGGGCCCACAGGGGGCAGGUCGGGGAGUGUCCGGAGCGCACGGCGCUGUGUCUAUUCUCUGCCCCCCAGGGCCCACAGGGGGCAGGUCGGGGAGUGUCCGGAGCGCACGGCGCUGUGUCUAUUCUCUGCCCCCCAGGGCCCACAGGGGGCAGGUCGGGGAGUGUCCGGAGCGCACGGCGCUGUGUCUAUUCUCUGCCCCCCAGGGCCCACAGGGGGCAGGUCGGGGAGUGUCCGGAGCGCACGGCGCUGUGUCUAUUCUCUGCCCCCCAGGGCCCACAGGGGGCAGGUCGGGGAGUGUCCGGAGCGCACGGCGCUGUGUCUAUUCUCUGCCCCCCAGGGCCCACAGGGGGCAGGUCGGGGAGUGUCCGGAGCGCACGGCGCUGUGUCUAUUCUCUGCCCCCCAGGGCCCACAGGGGGCAGGUCGGGGAGUGUCCGGAGCGCACGGCGCUGUGUCUAUUCUCUGCCCCCCAGGGCCCACAGGGGGCAGGUCGGGGAGUGUCCGGAGCGCACGGCGCUGUGUCUAUUCUCUGCCCCCCAGGGCCCACAGGGGGCAGGUCGGGGAGUGUCCGGAGCGCACGGCGCUGUGUCUAUUCUCUGCCCCCCAGGGCCCACAGGGGGCAGGUCGGGGAGUGUCCGGAGCGCACGGCGCUGUGUCUAUUCUCUGCCCCCCAGGGCCCACAGGGGGCAGGUCGGGGAGUGUCCGGAGCACCUCUCUGAGCUGAUCUCCCCACCCUCUCCCUUGGCCGGGGAUGGAGCAUGUGGCGUAUCCACGCUGGGAGACACAGGAAGCGCCCGACCGUGGCGGCGAAGGGCCCACGUGGCCCCGGACAGCUGUGCUCCAGGCCAUGCUCUGCUGCACGGGGAAGUGAAAGCAUCUCUAGGUCUUUCCAGUGGCGGCUCCGCCCUUGGCCCCGCAGUGUCUCUCUCCGGCACCGGCCGCCUCGCACGAGCCGGGGACGAUGGUGCGUGGGGCCCUGCUGGCGUUGCUGUGGCUGGCCGGAGUGGAGCUGCUCCUGGAGGUGCCUGGGGAGCGAAUCGGGGCUUGCAGAUGGAAGUGCAUGAAGUUUGUCCAGAUGUGGCCGGGAUCGUUCUGUGUGGUGAG